UACAGUACAACAAGAGCGCUGAAUAAAGCAUGAACAUGUUCAGAACAUGUGUGUGUAAGUUCAUUCUAAAUGUCUUAAAUUCUGAUUUGCUUUUUACACUUAUUUAGAUUAUUUCGAGUCAACUGUAAGACUCUUUAUAUUAGAACAACCUUAAGAUUUCAAACGUUCUAAAUAUAAAUUAUAAUUUUUUUUUCUAAACCUGAAUACAUUUUACAACGAUUCCAAUAAAUAUGCAGCACGAAAUAAAAACAUGUUAUAUUAAAACGUGAGGUUGUGUCAGUCAGGUGCACGCUGACGUCAUCAUGGCGCAAGAAAGUAAAGGAGGAGUGUGUGAGCCAGUUUGCUGAUGAGAGGAAGUAGGCGAUCCAGACAUCCUCCACAGACUACUGAUUCUGUUAAGCGUAGGAUGGGACUGACUUUGACCGACAAAUACAACUCGAUACUUUUCACACUUGAAUUGGUUUCAUUGGUACAGGCAGCGUGUGCUGGAGGAACAUGUGAAAACGUAUUUAAAGGUUUCUCAGACUGCCUGCUCAGCCUUGGAGAAAACAUGGUGAACUAUCCCCAAGAGCUGGAUGACAGCGAAAACCUACAGACCAUCUGCUCAUAUUGGAAUGACUUCCACUCGUGUGCCUCCACCGCAAUCGCAGAUUGUCAAGAAGGAGCAACAGACCUCUGGGAAAAACUGAAACUGCAGUCCCGGAGCUUGAACUAUCAGGGAAGCUUGUUUGAAUUAUGCUCUGGGGAUAAUGGAGUAUCCAGAGCUUUAUUAACAAUGGAACUGAAGAUACUGAUGUGUUUUACUACACUGGUGGCUUGGCUUGCUUUUGAGUAAUAAACCUGAAGAUCUGACCUGAAGCAAGCUACAGAAUGGAUAAUAUGCAUCCCUGUCUCUCUUCAACUGACUCAGUACAUGUUUUGAUUCACAUAAUAUGAUGAUUUUGUUAAAUAUAGGACUCGUUGGCACUCCUUAACCUAUGGAAGAAUUCAGAAGUAACUCUCUUAAAUGGCUUAAGGCUUUUUUUUAACCAAAAUUUGAAAAUGAUUAAAAGUAUUAUAUUAUAUUAUAUUAUACACUCUCAGAAAU